AUGUCACAUCGGCACGGCGACUCGACCGCGUCGGCCUCUCUGAUCCCUGAUGCCGACUCGGAUCUGGAUCUAGAUCUAGACCUGGACGAACUCGAUCCCCAGACCAUCACAACCAACAACCGCUCCAACGACUCUAGCAAGAACAUCGCACUCAAGAACCUGCGACUCGGAGGAAGGAGAGCUUUCAGGAGACCAGACCGCUAUGUCGACGACGACGCAGAUGCCGAAGACUUGGAAGCCUUGGUGGGGAGAGACAGCCAAGCACAUGAAAGAGAUCCGCUGCACGCCCAAGACGACGACGAUGAGCCCGAAGAUGAACACGAUCCCGCCUCGAACCGAACAAUCGUCGUAGGAGACCGCCAGGACGCCAAAUACCCUCCUAACGCCGUCUCGAACGCGAAAUACACUCCAGUCUCCUUCCUUCCUCGAACGCUCUACAAUGAAUUCUCCUUCUUCUUCAACAUGUACUUUCUCCUCGUCGCUUUGUCGCAAAUCAUCCCUCAACUGCGUAUUGGCUACUUAAGCACCUACAUUUUUCCACUGCUCUUCGUCUUGGCCAUCACUCUUGGAAAGGAGGCCAUGGACGACAUACACCGAAGGAGAAGAGAUCAAGAGGCCAAUUCUGAAAGAUAUACCGUCUUGCAAUUUGGAGACAACGACACCACCAACACAACGAGACGUCGGAACGCGAACCCAGAUGCUGAUGGUCUGUUGAAUGAGUCAGUGCGAGAGACAUCCAAGCCUUCGCGCUUGCUGAAAGUCGGCGAUGUCUUGGUCAUGACCAAGGACCAGCGCUUUCCCGCAGAUGUCGCUAUCCUCAAGAGUUUCUCCCAAGAGUCCUCUGCUCAGCCUGAACCUUUGCCAGAACCAGAAGAGGCCGAUUUGUUCGGGACCACAGCUGCAAUAGUGCCAGAGCUGCCUUUGGCCAACCAGACCACCUCUGAAGAUCCCAGCGCUGGUGGCGAAGCUUUCAUCCGCACAGAUCAACUCGAUGGUGAAACAGACUGGAAACUCAGACUGGCCUCUCCACUGACACAAGACUUGCCGGCUCGUGAAUACACAAGACUGCGUUUGACAGCUGGCAAGCCUGACAAGCGAGUAAACGACUUUGCUGGUACCCUAGAUCUGCUGCCUGAUGGACGUCAAGCAUAUGAUCCCUACGAGUCCGAGGCGCCUGCUGCCGAAGUCCCUGGAACAAAAUCAAUUCCUUUAUCAAUCGACAACACUGCUUGGGCCAACACCGUACUUGCCUCAAGCACUACUGUCUAUGCCGUGGUCAUCUAUACUGGUCCAGAGACACGCGCCGCUCUCUCUACUUCAGCUUCUCGCUCAAAGACCGGUCUUCUUGAAAACGAGAUCAACUCUCUGACCAAGAUCUUGUGUUUCUUGACUCUUGCUCUAUCUUUCCUUCUGGUUGCCCUGAAGGGCUUCAAAGCUGAGAAAGGUCAGGAGUGGUAUGUCUCAGUCAUGCGCUUCCUCAUCCUGUUCUCCACCAUUGUACCCAUCAGUCUGCGCGUCAAUCUGGAUAUGGGCAAAUCGAUGUAUGCUUGGUUCAUCGAGCGCGAUCAAGGUAUUCCUGGGACUGUUGUGCGUACCAGUACUAUCCCGGAGGACCUCGGUCGCAUCGAGUACUUGCUCAGCGAUAAAACCGGCACGCUGACCCAGAAUGAAAUGGAGCUGAAGAAGAUUCAUGUCGGUACAGUCUCGUACGCAAACGAGGCGAUGGACGAGGUCACUGGCUACGUGAAAUCAGCCUUCUCAGAUUUGCAGGGCGGACUUGCUUCGGGUACGCGCUCUCGGAGGGAGAUCGGUCUACGAGUUCGUGAUCUGGUUUUAGCAUUGGCACUGUGUCACAAUGUCACUCCCACGACCGAAGAAGCCUCUUCACCAGAUGAAAUUGCUAUCGUAGCUUGGACAGAACAAUCGAUUACCUUGCAGUUUGUGGAUAAUAGCAAGAUCGUGGUUCGCGUGCAGAUCCUCAACAUCUUCCCAUUUACCUCCGAUAGCAAGCGCAUGGGCAUCGUUGUCAAGUUUGUGCAAGAAGGUGGAGCUGAAGGUGAUGUCAGCGAGCUGUACUUUUUCCAAAAGGGCGCAGAUACCGUCAUGACUUCGAUCGUCGCUGCCAACGAUUGGCUGGACGAGGAGACAGCAAACAUGGCUCGCGAAGGUUUGCGCACAUUGGUGAUUGGUAGAAAAGCCAUGUCAGCACAACAGUAUGCCGCAUUCUCCUCAGCCUACGCAGAAGCAUCGUUGAGUCUUCACGACCGUGAUAACAGCAUGGCGCGAGUUGUCAAACAGCAUCUCGAAAACAAUCUCGAGCUCCUAGGUGUAACAGGUGUGGAAGACAAACUCCAAGCCCACAUCAAGCCAUCUCUUGAACUCCUCCGCAACGCUGGCAUCAAGAUCUGGAUGUUGACAGGAGAUAAGGUCGAGACCGCACGAUGCGUAGCCGUGUCCUCAAAACUUGUCUCCAGAGGCCAGUACAUACACACCAUUGCAGGGCUCAAGCGCAAAGACUUGGCUCUGGAUGCACUUUCUCUCCUGCAUUCACGUCCAAAUGCCGCAUUGCUGAUUGACGGAGAAUCCUUAUCUCUGUAUUUAACUCAUCACAGAGACGCAUUCAUCACUCUGGCAGUCCGUCUUCCUGCCGUGAUUGCUUGUCGCUGUUCCCCAACUCAGAAGGCAGACGUCGCAAAACUGAUCCGUAAUCACACUCGCAAACGCAUAGCCUGUAUUGGUGAUGGCGGCAACGAUGUCAGUAUGAUCCAAGCUGCCGACGUCGGUGUUGGUAUCGUAGGCAAAGAAGGUCGCCAAGCCUCACUUGCUGCCGACUUCAGCAUCACUCAAUUCAGCCAUCUGACCAAACUCCUUGUCUGGCAUGGACGCAAUAGCUACAAGCGAUCGGCAAAACUCGCGCAGUUUGUCAUCCAUCGCGGUUUGAUCAUCAGUGUAUGCCAGACUGUGUUCUCCGUUGCUUCAGCUUACCAGCCCAUCGCUCUGUACCGAGAUUGGUUGUUGGUAGGCUAUGCGACUCUAUAUACCAUGGCGCCGGUGUUCUCACUCACGCUCGAUCGCGACGUCGAUGAGAACCUUGCAAACUUAUAUCCGGAGUUAUACAAGGAGUUGACUCUAGGUAAGAGCUUGAGUUACCGUACCUUCUUCGUCUGGGUCGCUAUCUCGGUCUAUCAGGGCAUAAUCAUUCAAGGAGGCAGUCAGCUGUUGGUUCCAAAGUUCGCAGAACACAGUACAGGAAACGCCGACACUGCUGCUGCUUUCGCACGUAUGGUUAGCGUGUCGUUCACUGUCCUGGUGAUAAACGAGCUAAUUAUGGUCGCUGCGGAGAUCACGACAUGGCAUCCUGCGAACAUUAUUUCCAUCCUCGCAACUGGAUGUCUAUACUUCGGUAGCAUACCAUUCCUCUCAGGCUAUUUUGAUCUGAAGUUCGUGGCGAGCGUUGGUUUCGUUUGGAGGGUUGCCGCCAUCUCGGCAGUGUCUCUGGUGCCAGUGUAUGCUGGCAAGUUGAUUCGACGAGCAGUCAAACCGCCGAGUUAUCGAAAAGUCCAGGGCGUCUGA